GACCAGACUCGCAAGCCAUUAUUAAGCAAGAAGGGGAAGAAAGCUUGCAGGAGGAGGAAGGAAUGGAGCUGGAUGAGCAGGCAUUCUUGGAGGAGCUCUUCUCCGUGAGGAGGGACCAGGCCGGUGCGUGGGGGGAGUGCAAUGCCAUGGGGGACUUCUUCUCCCCGGCCUGCGGUGGGCCCGGCGGCGGGGGAGCCGCCGCCAUGGCUGACUGCUUCCAGGAGCGGCACCAGGCCACCGUCAGCGUCCUGCCGACCUUCACUGCCUCCUACGACCACGCUCCGCACCACCAGCAGCAGCAGCAAGCGCCGGGGCCGGGCUUCGACUGCCUCAGCGAGGUCUACGGCGGCGGCGUCGUCGUCCCCUUCAAUGCCGUCGGGUACGGCGGCGGCGAGAUGGGGUUCCUCGACGCGCUGGAGUCCAAGGCGGCGGACGGCGGGCUCGGCGCCUGCAAGGUGGAGCCCGGGCUGCUGGCGGCGGCGGGGGCGGACGGGUUCGGGAUGCCGGCGGCGGCGGCCCCCGCGUCGAGGAAGAAGCGGGUGGAGGGCAUGCCGUCCAAGAACCUCAUGGCCGAGCGCCGCCGCCGCAAGCGCCUCAACGACCGCCUCUCCAUGCUCCGCUCCGUCGUGCCCAAGAUCAGCAAGAUGGACAGGACGUCGAUCCUGGGGGACACCAUCGACUACAUGAAGGAGCUGCUGGAGCGGAUCCGGCGGCUGCAGGAGGAGCUGGAGGAGCAGCAGCCGGAGCUGGGGGAGGCGCCGGCGCCGGCGCUGCUGAGCGUGUUCCGGGAGCUCAACCCGAGCGAGAUGCUGGCGAGGAACACGCCCAAGUUCGAGGUGGAGCGCAAGGAAGGAGACACCCGGGUGGAGAUCUACUGCGCCGCCAAGCCGGGGCUGCUGCUGUCGACGGUGAACACCCUCGACGUGCUGGGGCUCGACAUCCAGCAGUGCGUCGUCAGCUGCUUCAGCGACUUCGCCAUGCACGCUUCCUGCUCCGAGAUGCAGCGGGAGAUGCUCAGCGCCGACGCCAUCAAGCAGCAGCUCUUCAAGAACGCCGGCUACGGAGGCGGCUGCUUGUAGACCAAGAUGCAGUUUAAGCAGCAGCAGCAGGAACAAUGAUGAUAAUAAAGUAGCAGUAGCAGUAGGGUUAGCACUAGCAGCAGCAGCAGUAGCGAGAAAGGAUCGACCUUUUUAGCAAAUCAUAACAAUGUCGCCGUGAUCAAGACUCUCUUCCUCUCCUGUUAACAAAGAUCGGCGCCUUUCUGAUGAA